AAUGAAAACAAAAAGCGUGCGGCGCUUGCUGAAAGAAAUCAGCGGGACGGUCUCAUUAUGUCGUGUUUAAAGUAAUAAAUCAAAACAGACGUUAUUUUGGACAGCUACUGCAGCUAAACGCAUAUAUUUGGACAGCAUUUUCUCACAGGAAGUUGAUUUCGAUUGACUCAGUUAUGGCAGCCUCAUUACCUCAGAAGCCAGGGAUGGCAGGGAUGCCCCCGCAACAGCAGCAGCAGCCCCACCUGCCCCCCGGUGCUGCCUCAGCCCCAGGUCAGCAGCCUAUGCCCCCGCAGGGAGCCCUGAGGGAGAUCUCCCCGGUGUUCCUCUGUCGGAUCGGGCAGGAGACUGUGCAGGACAUUGUCACACGCACCAUGGAGAUCUUCCAGAUCACAAGAGCUACGCAGCUUCCUAAUGGCGUGACCCAGAGCCAGGCGAUGUACCAGGACCGCUUCGGGAAGCUCCAGGAACACCUGCGGCAGCUCGCCCUGCUGUUCAGAAAGCUCCGUCUCCUGUACGAACGCUGUGUGGAGAUGACCUCCGACCUGCAGGAGGGGCCAGCAGAGAUUCUGCCGUAUGUUGGGGAGGAGCUGGUGUCGGUCCGAGUGGAGCCCUGCAGUCCUGCUGUCAACCAGGAGAGAAAAGAGGUUCUAGAAAAGGUCCGUCAGAAGAACCAGGAGAUGAAGGUUCUGAUGGAUCAGAUGAGGAACCUGCUGUGGGAUGUCAACGCCAUGCUGACACUCAGGAAAUGAUAGUUCCCGUCGAUCCUAUCAGAGAUGCACUCCUGCAAGGACGAGGUGAAAAUAAGGGAAUUUCUGUUGGAUUUUAAACAUGGGACCUUCCACUGCCACACCACCUUUUUGCUGGCACUUCUUCACUGACACUCACAAUUCACUCGUCGUUCACCUAAGAACUUCUGCUGUUUACUAUGUAUUAUAUCGAAGUUGUUGUGGGGGAAAACAAAAUGAGAAAAAGGAUGAUAGAAGCUUGUGUCAGCCUGAAACACUCCAGCUCCAGGAAUCAUUUCCUUUUCGUACGAGGCAGCUGACAACCCGAUUUUUGUUUGCCAAGAAAAAGCUGUUAUUUUGUUACUCUGUGUUUAUUCAAAUAAGUUACAUACUCCUAUAGAUAAUGAGUAGACACCUGUAAUGCCUCAGGUGAAAACACAAGUUUUCUAAAAAAAACACUGUAUUCAUGGUGUUUUGCCCCCGGGUGCUGAGUUGACACCAAACAGACUUGAAUUCAUUGCAGGUAAUUGCAGAAAGCGCAGGAGCUGAUUGUGCGACUGUGUUUACAAUUGGAACAAUUGCCCUUAUUAAGCUCUGUCAGUUGUAAAAACACUAUGGGUUCAGCAUGCACAUUAGCCCCUUGGCAGCUAUGUAUCUCAGGUGCUUUGUACAAAAGUGUGUGUGUGUGUGUGUGUGUGUGUGUGUGUGUGUGUGUGCGCAUGUGCUUAAUGAGAUUAGCUUCCUGAGUGCUAGACAGCACACCUGUUUACCCCGAGGGUGUUAAGACGUGCUUGCCUGUGAAUUUAUUUUUGUAAACUGUUGGACGAAAGAUAAACCCACUGGGUCGUUUCUGUUUUGUAUAAAAUAAACUUUUUUUUAAAUACAAAA